AUGGCUGUUGAUUUUUCACACAAACGUCGUCAGCAGUCGGGAGGGGAGGAGGAGGCGACCACAGAGCGUGACGGUUUGCUCAAAGUCUCCAGAAAGCUAGAGGAAGGGAAUCAGAAGUUGGAGGAUGCUAAAAGGACAGUAUUGGAGACUGAAGAUGUGGCCUUGGGAGUCAUGCGAGAUUUAACGGACCAACGAGAGGUCAUCAAUCAGACGAGAGAGCAUUUUAGUGAUCUCGACGAGCAACUGACUCUGGCCCGACGAGCCAUCCAAAGCAUUACACGAAGGUUACGGGAAGGAUCAGAGCCGUCAUCAUCAUCAGAUAUCCAACAACAACAGCAGCAGCAGGAGGAAGUCACUUUCAGAGCUCCUACUAAUGUUUUAAAUUCACAGCUCGAUCGUCUUUGGAGUAUGCUGACUGAGCAUAACGGACAGCUUGCUGAUGUAUGGAUCUAUACUGUAGAAUAUGUGGGCGCGCGGGCGAGCGUACUGCCGGCACAUAAGUGUAUUUUAGCUGCCGGGUGCCCUGCUUUAAUUAAGAAGAUAGAUCCUAGACGAACCAGUAGUUGCACUACUGCUGAUUCCAGUUCUGAAGAUUUUGGAGAAACGAAGAAAGUAAAUUCGGACGAAUCAGCAGAAGUGCGUCGAUUGGAUUUUACGGACGUUGCUCCGACUUGGGCUGUAUCGUGCUUGUUGAGGUAUAUAUAUGGUCAGCCUGUACAUGUUGAACCGGAGAGGUUGAGCGUGUUGUAUAUGCUUGCUAAGGAAAUGCGGUGUGGAGGGUUGGAGGAAAUAUGCAAACAGAAAAUUAUUGAUUUUCGGGAAAAAUUAGAGAAGUUUGACAGCGGAGGAGAAGCGCUAGGGGUCGGAAAGCGGCAGAGAUCGCCUGAAUCCGACAGCAGCGUUGAGCCAGAGUUGGCUGAGAGCUCCGUAAAAGCGUCAACUUCAUCGCAAUUCUGUAGUGGGGGAAUUUCUAAGGUUGAUGAAAGCACGAGGGUUGAAUCUGUCCAGAUCGGCCCGCCCGACGAAGGUCCGCAAAUUUGUGGCGCAGUUACGGAAGGAACCGGGAUGAAGGCUGAUGUGAAAAGCUCGAGUAGUGAUAGUUUCCUGGAUAUGAUCCGAAAUUCAGGCUCGUUACCUCAGCUUGAUCGAGGGCGAAUGAUCAGCACUCCUGGAGCUUUCGACAAGAAAUACGAGUUGAUCUCGUCAGAAGAUGGUGGCAUUUUAGGAGAAGGAAUGAACGGUGCAGUUCGGCUGGCUAAGGAUAGGAUCACGGGAGAUCGGGUAGCGGUUAAAUUCCUGAGUCUGCAUAACCUGAGCCCCGUCAAAAGGGAUAUGCUCUACGACGAGAUUAAUAUUUAUUUGCCGUUGUCGCAUCCCAACAUAGUGCUUUUGAACGAAGUUUAUGAAGAAUUAGGAGAGAGAAUUAUUCUGGUGAUGGAAGCUUGUACCGGUGGUGAAUUAUACGAGCGACUCGCCAAAUUGAAUCGUUACAGUGAGCGCGACGCGGCCAAGAUUUUACGGCAUAUUCUUUACGCUGUGAGCUACCUGCAUUCACUGAAUAUCUGCCAUCGCGAUAUAAAACUGGAGAAUUUUGUGUACACGGAUGAUACGGCAGAUGCUCGGCUGAAACUGUGCGAUUUUGGUUUUGGGACGAUUGUGCAUCAAAAAGGCGAUUGCCCUUUGACGGCUGCUAUGGGAUCGAUUCAUUAUGUAGCUCCGGAGGUCCUUGAGGGAAGGUAUGGCCUCCAAUGCGAUAUGUGGUCGGUCGGGGUUAUACUGUAUAUGCUGCUCAAUGGCACACCGCCGUUUGAUGGUGCUGAUGAUGGUGAAAUUGCUGAAGCUGUUCGACAUGCACCGUUGAAAUUGAGCGGAUCUAGAUGGGACGGUAUAUCUUGGAGCGCAAAAGAUUUAAUACGAAAAUUGAUAUGUCGGGAUCCGUCGAAAAGAUUGACGGCGAGGGAAGCGCUGCAGCACGAAUGGUGCGGAAGUACGGAUAUAUUGAAAUUGAAUACCGCGCCGACUGAAAUUGAUACGGACAUUCUGAGGACGAUGCACGCCUUUACGAAAUGCUCGGCAAUACAACGGGCGGCUCUGGGUUUGAUAGCGCAGAAGAGAGGAGAUGAGUUUGAAGGGAUUGAUGAAAAUCUGAAGUCGAUGGAAGCGGCAUUCAGGAGAAUGGAUACCAAUAACGAUGGAGUGAUAACUCUUGCCGAGUUUGAAGACGCAGUGCGAUCGCAUGUUGACAUGAGCGAACACGAAGCUGAGAAAAUAUUCGGGGAGAUCAGCAGCUCGAGUUCGGCGGGAACAGAAGCGGAGCGAGUGAUUCACUAUAGAGACUUCUUGGCAGCAACUGUGUAUUCGUUGAGGAAUAGGGAAAUUGAUGAUACGCCUCGUGAAUCGAGCGGCGACGGCGAGGUAUGGCGGUGGAAUUCGGAUGAUAUUCGAAGCGCCUACGAGGCUUUUGAUGUUGAUAGGAAGGGAUAUGUUACUAAAGAAGAUCUGUUGAAUGUCCUUGGGUGUGGUGGUAGAGAAUUGAAGCGAAUAUUGGAGGCUGCAGGGUUCGAUCCGGGCCGAACGCACAGAGUAGAUGUCGAUGAUUUUUCGAGGUUAUUGAACUGUUCGAUGGGAGGUAUUGUGGACUUCCCUCGAUUGGACAGCACAUCUGAAGCGGAGUUGUUGAAAGACACUAAGACGGCUGAGCUACUCGAAAGGAAUGCGUAUCUUGCUGGGCUUGAUGAAUAUGAUGAAGGCCUUCUCGUGGCGAAUGGAAUAUGUGCGACUUCUCCUUCUCCUGGUGGUGGUGGUAUGAUGAUGCUACGGCCGAGCCGACGACAGUCUGAUGAUGAUGAAGGGUCUGUGGAGACCUUCUUAAGAAGGAUGAGGACUUGGCCGUUGUUUUAUCCACUUUACCGAUCGUACGCAUUGCUGCCUGGUUAUAGUGAUGAUGGUUAUUGUUAUAAUUAUAAUUGCUAGUAUUACUCGAAAUUUGCUAUUUUCCUUACCUGCUAUGUUCCUCAUAUGAUACUGUCACCAUUUUAGUACAAAUCGAUCAGCUGGGCGCGCGCUACAUGCGUUGUCGAUCUCUAGCUGUUUUGAUUAUUCAGAUUGCUGUUUCUGUGUAUAUUUGUAGUCGGCGGAGCGAAGUGGAAAUUAUUUACAUAUUUUCGUACUGGAAUAAUUAGAGUGGGUCGUUAGGCUGCCCUGAAAAUUUCGCGCACGCCGCGGAAAUAUUCAAAUUGGAAAUAGUUUUCGUGCGCCGCCGGUGAGCUCAAGCUGUGGCUAUUGUUGACUGCUGUUAUAAUUUGUCACGCGCCACGAAAUUAUGCUGCACUGCAUCGCUAUUAAGACCAUCGCUAGUCGAGCGAGAUUAUUGUUGUUGUCGCGUGCUGCUGCUGCUGCUGCAUACUACCACUCCUCCGCGAACUGGUGUUUGUAGUUAUAAAGAGGCUGUCUGUAUUGUUGUAUAUGAUUGACUCCUAUCAGAGUUGCAGUGGAUAGUAGUUGGUAUGAAAGUAUUUCACCUUCUCCCAGU